CCAAAGCUGAAUAUACGAGUGACAUGUUACCAAUGCGGGAAAAUUGUUUAGGAUUACAGGAUUAGUGAGAAUCUUAAGGAUUUACAGUUGACAUAUUGAUAAUGCUAUUUAAAGAUUCCUCUUAUUUGGGAUGUGUAUUCUGGGAUUCUCUACUCUCUACCCAAAACAAACUUCUCUUUAUCUUAUGACCGUUCUUCAUUCACUUCAUUUCGUAUGGGAAAUAUGUAUAUGCAUUGCUUCAUGACUUAUUAUUCAUUAACAUUUGCUGAAUUGAAGAUAGAUAAUUUGACACUAGUUUUGGGUAUAUAUAGUUUCAGUGUUAAAGAGAUAUACUUUGGUUAAUAUAUGGCUUCUGUUAAACAGUUUCUCUAAUGACUUCAUUGCUUAGGACUGCUGGCAGAACUAAUGUUAAUUGCUUUGUGUCCCAUUUGAAAUCAGUAUACAGAUUGAAGUUACACACAUCAUGGAUGAUCUUGAUUUUGAGCCUACCGGGCCUGUUCGUGUUGCUGGCAGAUUUCGGCCCAAGGCAAAGCCCAAGUCUACGAAAGCAGCAUCUACUUCAGCAGUUUCUGAUCUCCCUAAUGUUGGAAAGGAAAAUUCUAACCCAGUAUCUAGCACUGUCUCGGAUACUGUUCCAUCUGCUACAUCUGUUGAUGUUGGAGUGGUCAAUUUAACAUGUCUGGUUGGUUCGUCCUCAGAGAUCUCCGGAAGCCUAGAGCCAUCAGGAAACAAUGAGCAUUUAUGCUCAAGUGUACCGUCCUUUGAUGGUGACGGAAUUGCCGAGCCUUCUACAGCUGCAGGAGAUACUCCACAACCAUCAAUUGUUGUUGUACCAUCUAAUGUUAGUGACGGUUCACACUCUAUCUUUGGAAAAUCAGCUGGCGGGAAUGCAGACAAAUUCUCAGGAUUGGAAGGUCUUGACAAUUUUCAUGCCCAAACUACAAGUGGUACAGAGCCUGCUUUGACAAAGUCCCCUGACAAGGUCAAUGAGGGAAACUGUAGUGCUCGUACACAUUUUCCUGUUGAGUCUUCCGCAGUCUUAGCAUGUGAUGUUGCAGAAGCUCAAACUGUUUCUGAUUAUUGUGCAACCCAAGAACCAGUAUCCUGCACAGAAGCUGCUAUGACCAACAAACAUGGUGAAAUCCGGUUAGAAACAAAGGAGUUUCAAAUUUUGGACGAUGUCUCUGAUGCUCCCUUUACAUCUGGACUCCGCCAUCAUGGAAAAUUUCCACCCAAGCUAAGAGUCAAAAAAGGAAAAAACAGUCCAAACAUACCUCACUCUGAAGUAGGUGAUAUGGAUGAGAGCACACUUUGUGCCUUUCUCCCAGGAGAUGUUCAUGAUCACAUUUCUCCCACUAUUGGUGAUUCUAUAGCCCCAAAUCCAUCCCCCAAUUUCCAAGCGAAUGCAGAAAGCCUUGCAGAAGCUACUCAGUUAGAUGAGGCUGUUUCUAAUGGUGCUGCUCAUUCAGAGGGUGUUUGUGGGAGGGGUCAUGAUAGUGGAAAUGGAAAAGGUUCCACAGCAUCAAAUUGUCCUCAGACUCGCAAAUAUUCAGCUUCUAAUAGGGAGGCUAAAGAUGGGACAUCAUCCAGGAAGUCAAGGAAGGGGUUACCCCAUCAAGAAGUUGAUGACCUAGGGAACAAUACUAAUGAGGACAGCUUCAAUGCUGAAAAUUGUAGUGAUUUUAAUGGCAACGAAGAUAGGGAGCAUAAUAUAGAACGGAGAAAAAGAGCCCCAAGAAAGUCCAAGAUAUCUGUAUCUGAAAAUGAAAAACCAGUUCAAAAGCGUAAAAGGACUAAGAAAGCACCUGAUGAACCAACUGAAGAACCGACCGAAAAGAAGUUCUCACAUUCAACUCGUAGAAAUACAAGACACGCGAAAAAGGCUUUGCUUGUGAUCCCAGAGGAUGAAAUUGAUCCUCAAAAAGUGCCUCUGAAGGAUCUUAUUCGGCUAAAAGAGUACAGGGAGCGCGUAGCGAUUAAAGAGGCAGCCAAGUUGAAAGCUUCUGCAUCCCAUCAAAGUGCUUAUCACGAGUUUCAGAAGGAUCCUUCUCAUAAUGAAGAGGAGGACUUUGGUUUCGAACAGGACAGAAGCUCUGGUGAAGAUCAAGCAGGUUACGGGGAUAGGGUUAGCACAAGUUCCUCUAGCUUCAAUUACCAGUCUUUUAUGAACAAAGAACGCCCUUCUAAGUGGGUCCAACAAGACACAGAACUUUUCUAUGAGGGCAUUGAACAGUUUGGAUCCGAUUUUAAUAUGAUCGCACAGCUUUUUCCUGGUCGAACACGUCAUCAAAUCAAGUUGAAGUUCAAGAAGGAAGAUCGUCAAAAUCCAUUACGUAUCACUGAAGCCUUUCGCCGUCAUUCCAAAGACAAUUCAAAAUAUGUUCUGGUGAUCAAUGAGCUGCAAAAAGUUGCUCGGGAAAAGCAGGAGUCUAAUGCAGAUGAGUCGAAUGACCUGGAGGAGUUAGAGCUGACUCAUGAUAAUGAUGGGGGAGUGACAAAACCUGAGUCGGAUAAAAUUGAUGAUAUGAAAACCGAUGUUGCUGCUGAAGUUCAACACGAUGAGGCUGAUAUUGCUGAAGUGCAUAGUCCCACGAAUUCUGAUCAAUGUGAUAAUGGUGAUGGUUUUGGCGGUUGGGAUGAUGACUUUUAGUGUACUGAAUAUAUUUACAAGAAAGUUAAGUAUAUCAUUGGAACCGCAAUCACUGGUACACACAGAUGCCAUUUUGACUAUGGAGCAUGUAGAGGUAGAAUUCAUUUAUCGAGAGACCAGUAAGAGUUGCUGAAGAACUGGCAAGAAUGGGACACCGUGCAUACCUCAGGCCUGAAUCUGUGAAGAAUAUAUCAUCUUAUUGGCAAUUCUAUUCCCAGCCCCACAAACUUUUGAUUUGGAAUAGGGGAUGAAAAUUUGAUGUAUAAUUCAUAGCUUUCACCAAUAAAGUGCCAAGUGAAAUUUAGUAUACAUUGGAAUUCUU